AGAGCCUUUGGUUUUACACGUUUUAUUGUUUCGAUUCGUCCUAACACCUUGUUUGUGCGUUGAGCGUUGACGUGUGUCCAGUUAAUUUAAUUAAAUAUUUAUUUAAUUAAUCUCAAAUAAUGGCUGCAUCUACGGAUGAACAGACAAUUUUCGAAUUGAAAGUUGCCUUAAAAUACACCAAGCCGCCAAUAUGGCGUCGAAUACAAGUGCCGGCAAAUUGUUCCUUCUUCGAUUUGCAUGUGGCAAUUCAAGAUUUAUUUCAAUGGUCGGAUGAACAUUUGCACAAAUUUGAAAUGGUCAAACCCAAACGUGACGUGUUCGCAAUGCUAAUGUCUGGUGAUUUUGAACUUGAUGAGUAUAUUGGCAUUCCGGAUCGAUCAAUGGAACAUGACUUCAACAUUAUUCCCGAAAAGGAAACCAAAAUUCGUGAUCAAUUCGCUCUAGACGAAGCCAACAAGAACAAGUGUGUUUACACCUACGAUUUUGGAUCUGAAUGGCGACACGAUAUUCUCUUGGAACGUAUAGUGCCGGCUGUUCCAAAUGUUUUGUAUCCAAGAUGUAUCGCGGGUCGACGACAAUCGCCACCGGAAUAUCCUUCGGAUGACUGGCCAUACCCCAAUGAACCACCGUUCUCUCCAGGCGAUAUAAAAUUUCGAGAUCCGCAAGUUGUGUGGAUCGAUUAUCCGUACAAAUGCUUCUGAUUUGGAAAUGCUGAAAUUUUCCAUUUUUUUUUGUAAUUUUACCGUCGUCAUCGAUUUAUUUUAAUUUUUUACGAUACUUAGAAUUUAGUGUCUCUCUCUGUUCUUGAUUUGGUGACAAGAAUAUAUUCAGUUAAUAUGAAAUAAUUAAAUCGAAAGUCUUCACGUUUUCAUUGUCUUGUUCAAAGUGGUUGUUCACAUAAUAUUAGGGAAAGGAUUUCGGUAUAAACGAUUUCGGUAGUACCGGUAAUACCGGGAUCCCGAUUGCCGGUUUCAGAGCUAACGAUACCGGUUUUUACUGAAAAAAUAAAUUUUCAAAAAUCGAUAAAUAUUCACAUGAAAUGAUACGAAAAUUCAAGCAUAUUUGGUUUCAAAAUCAAAAUUGCUAGAUAUAAGCAAAAUUUGUGUCUGCAUGACGUACAAUACAAU